GUCACGUGACUUGAGUGUAUAAAUACUGUUGGCAACGAUUUUGCAACGUAUUACCUAGUAACUCGUGGCAGUGAGAGGGUGUAGUCUAUUUUAUGUACACCAGUGAUAUAGAAAUGCUUAUGGAAAUCAAUCAGAUUAAAUUACAGAACAACUUGAACCCAGAAAUUAUAAGCGAGAAGAGAAGAAUGGCAGAAAAAAUGGAUCUCCGACAGUGGAAGAAAACAAGGCGGGGCAAGAAAAGGAAUCGGAUCUUCCGUGAUAGUCACGAGGUUUGUGAAACUAAAGGAAAUCUGGAAAACUGUUUAAAUUGUGAAAGACUUUCUCCUUGUCCAGAUGAUGACGAUUCCGAUGUAUCCCCAGUGAAGAAUUCCCGCAUUCAACGAAGCCCAGGAUUCAAAAGGCGCCAAGCCAUUUUGAGACCUAAAUAUAGCCCCAAAGCGCCUCAAAAUUCCACCCAGUUUCUAAUGGACGAUCAUUUUUCAUAUAGUUGUGAUUUUCUUGGUUUUGAUUCCCCCGAUCCCUGGGGACAGCGCCAGCAGUACUCGGAUCACGACUCGGACGAGUCCAUUAUUGAACUACCCGAAGCUGCAGACGAUUCUUUGUUGUUUCAAAUGGAUGAUCUCAGCGAAUGUAUAAAUAGUGCUGACGAGGAAACCAAGGCUUUUAUGGAGAAAGACUUUGAAGAUGCCUAUCAUUCUAUUCAAUGUGAUGAAGUAUCUCGUCUUAGCGAAUCGGAACUUAUAACAGCCAUUUGUUCAAUGGAAUCAAAGGCUGAACGUUUAGAAAAGGAAUUGGAGAAUUCUAGUUCCUCUCGGACUGUCCAAUUUACUGGUGUAAAAAGUAGACGAAAGAAGAAGAAGGGAGUGAUAAGUCAGCUCAAAAGAGAAAUUACUGAUCUACAAAAGGAAAACGAACAAUUGAAAAGAAUGUUAAUUGUUGCAUCAUGCAGCUAAACGAUUUUGUUUAUAUAUGUAAAUUUAUAGAAUUUGCGAUGCUAAACUAGUGCUAGAUAUUUGAACCUCAACAACAUAACUCUGCUGUGCUAAAAGUCAUGAAAUCCAAACAUGAUUAACUUUCAAAAUCGAGCAGAUUAUUGCUUUAAAUCUUAUCAAAUGUACCAUUUUUUAUUUGAGAAAUAUUAAAAAAAAAAAAAAGAUACAUAGAUCCAUAGUUAUUUUACUCGUGUAUUAGUGAACUCCAUUCUAAUACCUACAAGUUUUAUUUUUCAGUCAAGAGGACAGGCUUCCAAACAAGGAAACACUGUACCAAGGGUGCAGUACAUCCUUCAGACUAAACAAAGCCCAAAAGCUGCCAAGGAUGAAAAUCCAAGCACAUGGACUAGUACAAAUUAUGAUCCCUUGGUGGCACAGAUGACCUUCACCUCGCCAGCUUGGACACCUCCAGUACGGAAUGGCUUGAAUUGGCCGUCCUGCGGUGAAUGGACUCGUCCAGUACGCUGACACAUUCAUGGAAACUUUCCAACAUUUCCUGUCCUGCUGCCCCUAUUUAAAGAUAUAUAUAGAUAAUUUUAUUAAUGCACUUUAUAUUUGAAUGCAUUCUUUUCAGAUCCGAAAGUUGGGUACAGGUAGGUACACUGCUCAUGAAUAUUACCCAUCAAAGGUUUUGAAAAAUAAUACUUCUUGAUGAAUUAAAUUGAUCAAAUAUAAUGAAAUUGAUCAAAUAUUCAUGAGUGUAUUUAUUUAUGAAAUACGUGAAAAAAUUCAAUAAAUUGUUGAAGUGAG